GCAACCGUCUUCCUAAUGCCCGUUGGAAGCCCGCCUGUGAGAGGUGGCGCGGGGCAACGCCUCUCUCUGCCCCGGCCGCUCUCGCCUCGGAAGGCCCUCAUUGGCCAGCCUCCCGGUAAACCCCUCUCCCAUUGGCUGCCGCCCCUUUCCUCGUUCCGCCCGGGCUCGGGGCGGCUGCAGACGUGGUCGGGAUGGGGGAGAGGUGACGGUGGGUCCCGAAGGGGCGAUGGAGUGGCGCCUGUGCUUCGCCUGGGUUGCGCUCUGGAGCGGGAGCUGCGCCUGGAUGCGCGGGGCCCAGGCCAAGACCGUCCAGGGCGGCUUCUCCAGCACCGCGGCCCGCGCCGGCCAGGUGGUGGCCCAGUUCCAGUUCCGCGAAUCAACAACGUAGCAAUUGCUGUUGGAAAAGAAGCAAAGCUUCAUCUCUUUCAAGCUCAGGAAUGGCUAAAGCUUCAAGAAAGCCAGCAGGAUUACAGCUGUAAAGAGAAGCUGGCUAAAGCUCAACUGAUAAUGAACAUGAAUUGCACAGAACAAAAUAUGACGGUAUCCCAGGUUCCUUAUCCAGACACAUGGUAUGUGUUUUAUGUUGACAAGUUUACCUGUGCGGAGACGUAUGAAAACUCUGAAUCUGAGGAUGUUCAAUUUGAAAUGGUGCUACUAAAUCCAGAUGCAGAAAGGAAUCCGUUAGAUCACUUUAGUGCAGGGGAAUCAGGCUUACACGAGUUCUUCUUCCUGCUUGUCCUGGGCUAUUUUGUGGCUGCCUGCAUUUACGCUCAGUCCUUGUGGCAAACAAUUAAGAAGGGGGGACCUAUGCACACCGUGUUGAAAGUGCUCUCUGCGGUUUUGCUCCUGCAAGCAGCUUCAGCUCUUGCAAACUAUCUGCAUUUUUCAAGUUAUUCUAAAAACGGAGUAGGAUUGCCUUUUAUGGGAAGCCUUGCAGAAUUGUGUGACAUAAUCUCUCAGAUGCAGAUGUUGUACCUGCUACUGAGUCUCUGCAUGGGAUGGACAAUUGGCAGAAUGAAGAAAUCUCAGAGCAAACCCCUCCAGUGGGAUUCCACCCCAACAUCCACAGCCAUUGCUAUAACAGCUGUUGUGACACAGAGCGUUCUGCUUAUUUGGGAGCAGCUUGAGGAUACCAAUCACCAUAGUUACCAUUCACACCAAAGUUUAGCUGGUGGACUUCUCCUUGGCUUAAGAAUUUGUCUAGCUGUGCUGUUAGGUUGCGGACUUUACCAAAUUAUCCGAAUUGAGAGAAGUACUCUAAAAAGAGAAUUCUAUAUUACUUUUACAAAGGGAUGCAUUCUGUGGCUUUUAUGUCAUCCAAGUCUUGUAACUGUAUCUCUGAUGUUUAGAGACUAUCAGCGAGAGAAGAUUAUUACCAUGGGUGUCAUCCUCUGCCAGUUGUUUUCCAUGGUCCUUCUGUACCGACUCUUUGUUUCCCAUAGUCUUUACUGGGAAGUCUCCUCCCUCUCUUCAGUGACAUUGCCGCUAACAGUAGCAUCUGGACAUAAAAGUCGGCAUCACUUCUGAGAUCCCUUUGGAGAUUGAUUGGCAAAGGUGCAAUAAAGACUUGGAAAUCGUGCAGCUAUUUUCAGCAGUGAGCCCAGCUCAAGAAGAGCUAAAUAAUUAAAAGACAGCAUUUUGCUCUCACUGGAUCUCAACAAAUGCAGAAGUGAUUGGAUUUUAUCAAAAAUAGUGAUGAGCAAAUAUCUUGUUUUUCUUGCUAUUUGGAUAAAGACCAUGUGAUUUUAGCCACAUUUUCACUCCAAAGCUGCUUCAUCUACAUUAAAGUUCAAAUUUAAAUAAUGAUAAAUUUAAACUAAUUGGAUGGAACAGUUCUGCAAUUCAGAUAAUACACAUCUUGUUUAAGGUGGCUUUGAAACAAAAUAUUUGUGCAGAAGUUUAAUAGGACUUAAACUGUAAUAGGUCCAUAAAACCAGUGUAUAAUGUUUACAGUGAACAAUAGUUCUCAUUAUCACUUUCUUGCCUUGAGGCUUGGAUGUAGUUCAGUUUUUAGCUUGAUUGCCAGUUGUGUUUUAAUUCUGUGUUUGACAUUUUACAAGAGCAGAAGGGUGAUUAACUAACUCUAAGUUUAAAAAAAAAAACCCACAGCAGCAUGGUUAUAAAGUAUCAGGCUUGUGCCUCUUAAACUGAGGAGAAAAAAAUGAAAUGUGUGAUGCAGUACUAGAAUUUUAAUCCUGAUAGAAUUCAGCAAGGAUUCAGUCAUAAUUAAGCCAUAGCCGCAGAUUAAAUUAAUACAGUAGAAGCAUUUCAAAUAAAUGUUAGUUUCAGUCAUCAACUACCCAUGCAUUCCUGCCCAAGGAUACUUAAUCAGGAUUAAAUUUUCUCUGAAUAAUUGAAAAACAAAAUACUCAUUGGAUUUGCUAUAAUCCAUGUUGGCAUUUGGGUUCUAAGUGGUUGCCAUCCUCCAGCCAUUGUAAUAGAGCAAUGCUUGUCGGUGAUUUACUGCAUUUAGGCUGUUGCAGUAAAUGCAGACUUUAAUUGAAGUGCCUAUUUAUUGCUCCAGAUUAAAAUCAUAUGAACAGUAUCUCUAUACAGUAUUAAUGUUCCUGUUAAGUAACUGGCUUUUAUUUAUUUCAGUGCUAAUGUCAGUUUUCAAACAUGCUUGUAAUUGGGUUCUACAAGAAAUGUGAAGCAACUUUUCUUUUUAAAAGAUGUUUCCGUUUGUUCCCCUUUGUGCUGAGUUGCACACACAAACUGCAUUUAUGCUGCGUUUUACUGUCAUCUGGGAGAAAUGGAUAGCUUUGUGCUUCUGUGUUCUUCCUGCACUUGCUGGUGGAUUCAAUCACCAGAAGAAAAGGAGGACAUAAGAAUACCAUGCUACCCACUGAUGCAAUCUUCCUACCUCUCUGUCCUCAUUCCUGCUUUUGCUAGUGUCUAGCAAAAGCAGGAAUGCAGCUAUCACAGACUUACCCUCAAAGAACUUGCACAAGGAAAAAAUAUUGUCAACGAAGCCUCAGGCUACAAAUCCGAAAUUGUGCAAACUUGAACAUAAUUUUAGGAAUGCAUCCUUGAAAAUCACAGACAGUCUAGCCUUCAGAACUGCUGCUUCAGCACAAUUCCUAGUGAAGCUGGUAGUUCUUCUAGUUAGAGAGUAGACAGCAGAUCCAUCCCAGUAUUUAAUUUCAGCUUACGGAUCCUGUAGGUAUUUGUUUCUUGCUAAGGCAAAUGACAACAUGAUAAAAGUUGUUCACUAAAAAAGUUAACUUAUUCUUUGUAACUUGGAACAAGAAUAAAAGGUUGGGGUUGGAAAGAUUGAAAUAGCCUAGUUUCACAUUAGCAGUGGAAUGAUUGCAAAAUUAUUUUUGCAUUUCUCAUUAACCACAUCAAAACGUUGUUGGUUAAAGUUGUGUUUAUGUGCUGAUAUUUAGAAUAGAAAAAGUGCUUUUGGGCACAGAUUUUAAUAACAGCAUAAAUUAGGAUUUUCUAGUGCCCAAAAUACUUGUGUACAAAUUCAAAGAUUGGAGAAUAGUGGCAUUUGUGAUUUUGCAUUAUCAGACAUGCCAUUUGUUCAGAAAAUUGCACCAAAAAAUGACAGGUGUUCUUAUAUUUAUGGUUUCUGCUUUUAUGUGGUUGAGAUUGGCACUGCCAGCAAAUUUGAAAAAGUGUGGUCAUGAGGGACUGGCAGAUAAUGGAUUACUUACCCAUAAACAGCAAACCUUCUCAGCGUCUCAGCUGCUGCCAUGGAAAGUAACUGUAAUCUAUCUUGUGUAGGCUUUCCAAAAGUUACCAGUGGCAGUUUGGGAGUUUACAAUUUAAACAUAUAGUAAUUACGUACCACAGACAUAUCUACCCUGAGCAUUUUAUCAGAUGCUGUUUUGUAGUGGUUGUACUUUUAGUCAUUCUUGUUAAUGUAAUGAUCAAACAUUGUUAUGGCAUGUUUCUGAGUCAUUGAGUUGAAGCAGGUCUACUGAGAAUUGGCAGAGGUGUCCUAACAAUACCAGAGGAUAUCCCUAAAUGUGGAUAAUGGGAACCUAAGAAGCAGCCUUAACUGGUCAAACAAUCUAUCCAACUAACCAACCCAACAUUAUUUUUGACUCACCUGAUAAAGGUAAUUGGGUCACAUGGAAAGAAGAGUCAUUCUCCUCAGCUGCUUCCUGAUCUUUAGGAGACAUUAGAAAUGGGAUUGUGCUUUACAUGGAUCGCUUCCCAAGAAAAGCCAAAACAGUUUUUUUUAAAACACUGUUGUUUAACAGUUCUCAUGUACAAAAGAUUUUUCAUAUUGGGAAAAGGACUGGAAAAACCCCCAGAAACAAAGAUUGGAGAUGCAUCGUGAAUGUUCUUUGCCAGUCCCAAAAGCUGCAAAGUUAUGUAACUCUGGAACUCUUCAUCAGAGGAGGGAUAAAGCUUUCUGAUUACUCACCGAGGCCAACAAGUUUAUUAGAUGUUAGUUUAUACAAAUCUUAUACACUGAAAACAUAAAUGUUGGUCUGUCAAAUCAGGGUACAAAUAAAAUGAAGCAAAUAGUCUGUCUGCUAAAUUCACUCCUGCUUUCAAACCCAUGUAAGCCUUAGGAAAGGCUUUUUUUAAAAUAUAAUUACAAUAGGACAAAUUGAGGAAUCUUUGUGUAGCGCCAUCUGUUUCCAAUUGAAAUGAGAAUUCAUUGGCAUUGAAAUUACAGGAAUGAGGGCUCUAGCAUUUCUCUUAGAUCACCAAAUAAAUUAGUUGAAAAAUAGCUGAUCCCUGAUCCAAAAUUCAUCAGUGUUUGUAUCCUGAGUAGCUAAGCUGUGACCUUAGAGGCAGCUACCCUGGUAUAUCCCAACAAAGUUCCCUCUAAAGAUGCUGGCCAUCCCAUCUUUUAGCAUUUGCUACGUGUACAUCCUGCUUUUUUCCUGAAGCUCAGGCCCCUGCUGAUGAACAGAGCCUUGCAACCAAGAGUAAGCAUAUUGUAGGUAAUUAUGUGAGUGUUCUGUUAAUAUUCAGUUGGAUAAAUUCCAGUACUGUAAUGGCAUUCUUGUCCUAACUUAAUGGAUUGUUAAGGCAUAUGUGCCCCAUUAGAUGGCAGCACCUGGUCGACAUUGGCUGAUCUCAGGAAAGUAAAGGAGAGUGAGCCUGAUUAAGAUUUGGAUGGGAGACCACCAGGAAGUCCCAGGGCUAUAAGCUAGAUUGAGAAGUAGAAGAAAACAUUCUGGAAGAAGAUUGUGGUAAAUACAUUUACAUAUUUUUGCCAAGAAAGAUUCAUGUCCAUAAAGUCAUCCAGGGUUAAGCUGAACUCAAAAGAGACACUUAUGGUACGACAAGCUUCUGAGUUAUAAGGGACAUCCCACACUGGGAGUUCUUUCUUCCUUUGGAUUGUGGAAAAAUGCUGCUUAUAGCAUGGGAGAGAAAAGGAAUCAUGGGAGUGGAAUGAAAGCCCUGAGUUUUAAUAACAAGUUGAUUCUGUUUGGGCUACAAGAUCUGGGCUGCAAACAUCUGUCUCUCCACAGUCCUGCCAUGAUCAUCCUGAUUUUGGCAACCCAGACCUGGUAGCCCUACUGUCUGAAAGGGCAUUUUUUCUUUAAGCCCCCCUGUCCUAUGUCCCACAGGUUAAUUGUAUGUGGAAAGAUUCUGUUUCCAUACUGAUAGGGUUCAUACAUUAGGAAAAACCAUAUGGUGGCUUGUUUGACCUCAGCAUAAUAUAGUCCCCUCCUCUUGAGAAGUUUGCAGUGAGAGAGCCUGGUGGCUGGUCCCUUUCUUUGGAACUCCUAGCUCCCAUGCUGAGAAUGGCCCCCACUUGCCCAGCUUUCUGGAAAAUAAUUAUAACCUGGCAUUUAAUUAAUUAAGGAGCUGAAAGAAGAACUGUACUAUUAAUAAUGUCAAUUUUCUUAUUUAAAAAAAAAUUACAUUGUGCUUCAUACUAUGCUUGACUUUGCACACCACUUAGAGCCUUUUGAAGGAGGCAGUUUAUAAAUCUUAUAAAGAAAUAAAACAUAAAUAAGUGAACCCAGAUACUAAUUCGUCAACUAUAGUUUAUGGAUGAGCCCGCUGUAUAGCCCUGGCCAAUUGUGGCUUAUUCAAUAAACUAUUCUUAAGCAGAACAUGA